AUGAUUAAUCUCUCUUAAUUUAACAUUAGAAAUAAACUUACUCAGAUUUAAGGGUUAUUGGUUUAGCUUAAAAAUAAUUAAUGUCUGAUUAAAUUCUUUUAGAAAGAUAUUUAUAUUGAAAAAAAUUAAAUUUUGUUGGAUUUCUUUAUAAUCGAAAUAAUAAAUAUAUUUUAUUAUGCUUUAAAAAAUAAUUUAAAGAAUGGUACAUCCUAAGUUAUUGUAGAGUUUUAAAAUCUAAUUUAGAUUUAAGAAUAAUAUCAGGAGGUAACCCAUCAACAACAGUACAUUUUGCUUAUGAUUCAAUAUUAAUUAAGAGUAAAUAAAAUACUAUCAUAUUGGAUUAUGAUGAUUACAAAAAGUUACUCUUAUUGUGUAGUCUAUAACUAUUUAAUAAUUAUUAUAUAUAUAUUUAAUAUAAAGAAUUAAUUUUACAAGAAUUAAAUUAAACCAAAACAUAGUUAAACUCAAAUUAGGACUUAAUUUAAUUUUAUUAUUGCUUAAUUAGAAUUAAUUCUAAAUAAAAAUUGUGAUUUUGCCAUUACAGAAUUUAUGGGGAUAUUUCUUAUUAAAUAAAUUCUUUGA